GGUGGAGUUUGCAGUGAGCAGAGAUUGUGCCACGGCACUCCAGCCUAAAAAUAAUCUCGAUAGAGUGAGACUUGGUCUCAAAAAAAAAAGAUCUUUGACCUGGUAGGUGUGCCCCCAACUUUCUUUCCAGUGUGUGUGUUACCAAGGUGAGGGCUGAAGCUGCUCAAAUGCUCCAUGAGUGGGAGGAAGCUGUGGGAUGAUGGGGAGGGUUCCCACAAAGAUGGAGCCUCGUCAGCCUUUCUCCAGCACCGGAAACCACAGGAAAUCAGGUCAGUGUGUGGGGCCCGCUCCCUCCACUCCAGGGCUCAGCUAUGAGCUCUGGGGCUUCCUGAGCAGGCUGUACUGACUAGUGGGUCCUUGAAGCUAGAGGCCCCUUUGGUAUGGAGCCCUUUGCCUAGAAAAGCUGGACCUGGCUCAUGGGUAGAGAGAACUUGGCUAUAGUCCUGAGAGUUAACCAGGUGGGAAGCCAGGGUACAUAUGGGUUUCACGUGCAUCCUAGAGUGCUUUUUUUCCUCCCCACUCUAAAUGGUGCCUCAGUCACCUCUGUAUCUCCAGCACCCAGUGCUGAGUAGUGCUCAAGAGCUCGGCUAAUUCUCUAAGUGAGGGAGUGAAGCACAUGUCUCUGGGAGACACAAGUUCAACAGUGUGCUGAUGGGUGGGUCAGAUCUGCAGUGUGUUUCAGGAGUAGGAGGGGCUAAGAAAUGGGUGCGUCCCCCAACCUGAUGCUAGUCCCUUUCCUGUUACUUCUCAGUCACCGCAGGAGCCCCUUGUCUUUCAGGUGGGGGGCAGUAGGGUUUUGGGGGGCACAAGCUUUCCUCAGUCCCUCCACUUGGAGGGGAAGGAAUGUGGCCUGGCUGGCUGGUUGGGAUCAAGGAGGAGCUUUCAGGCAGGGCGGGGCCAGGGCAGGCUGGGGCGAGGGCUCCUGCUGGUACUGUGUUCUUCGCUGCUGCACAGCAAGGCCCUGCCACCCACCUUCAGGCCAUGCAGCCAUGUUCUGGGAGCCCUAACUGCACAGAAGCCCAUGGGGAGCUUCAGACCGGCAGCCCUGCUCCUGCCUCUCCUCCUGGUAGUCAUCGACCUCUCUGACUCUGCUGCGAUUGGCUGUCCCCACCUGCCCCACUGGAACACCCGCUGUCCUCUGGCCUCCCACAUGGAAGUUCUGCCCAUAUCCUUUGCCGCACCUGGUGGGCCCUCUUCUCCACAAAGCCUUGGUGUGUGCGAGUCUGGCACUGUUCCCGCUGUUUGUGCCAACAUCUGCUGUCAGGUCGCUCAGGUCUUCAGUGGGGCUUCUUCCACCUCCUGGUACAGAAAUCCAAAAAGUCUUCCACACUCAAUUUCUGUAGGAGAUACAAGAUGCCAGCACCUGCUCAGAGGAAGCCGCUGCCUAGUCGUCGCCUGUCUGAGAAGAGCCAUCACAUUUCCAUCCCCUCCCCAGACAUCUCCCACAAGGGACUUCGCUCUAAAAGGACCCAACCUUCGGAUCCAGAGGCAUGGGAAAGUCUUCCCAGAUUGGACUCACAAAGGCACGGAGGGCCCGAGUUCUCCUUUGAUUUGCUGCCCGAGGCCCGGGCUAUUCGGGUGAACAUACCUUCAGGCCCUGAGGUCAGUGUGCGUCUUUGUCACCAGUGGGCACUGGAGUGUGAGGAGCUGAGCAGUCCCUAUGAUGUCCAGAAAAUUGUGUCUGGGGGCCACACUGUAGAGCUGCCUUAUGAAUUCCUUCUGCCCUGUCUGUGCAUAGAGGCAUCCUACCUGCAAGAGGACACUGUGAGGCGCAAAAAAUGUCCCUUCCAGAGCUGGCCGGAAGCCUAUGGCUCGGACUUCUGGAAGUCAGUGCACUUCACUGACUACAGCCAGCACACUCAGAUGGUCAUGGCCCUGACACUCCGCUGCCCACUGAAGCUGGAAGCUGCCCUCUGCCAGAGGCAAGACUGGCAUACCCUUUGCAAAGACCUCCCAAAUGCCACGGCUCGAGAGUCAGAUGGGUGGUAUGUUUUGGAGAAGGUGGAUCUGCAUCCCCAGCUCUGUUUCAAGUUCUCUUUUGGAAACAGCAGCCAUGUUGAAUGCCCCCACCAGACUGGGUCUCUCACAUCCUGGAAUGUGAGCAUGGAUACCCAGGCCCAGCAGCUGAUUCUUCACUUCUCCUCAAGAAUGCAUGCCACCUUCAGUGCUGCCUGGAGCCGCCCAGGCUUGGGGCAGGACACUUUGGUGCCCCCUGUGUAUACUGUCAGCCAGGCCCGGGGCUCAAGCCCAGUGACACUAGACCUCAUCAUUCCCUUCCUGAGGCCAGGGCGCUGUGUCCUGGUGUGGCGGUCAGAUGUCCAGUUUGCCUGGAAGCACCUCUUGUGUCCAGAUGUCUCUUUCAGACGCCUGGGGCUCUUGAUCCUGGCACUGCUGGCCCUCCUCACCCUACUGGGUGUUGUUCUGGCCCUCACCUGCCGGUGCCCACAGUCAGGCCCGGGCCCAGCGCGGCCAGUGCUCCUCCUGCACGCCGCGGACUCCGAGGCGCAGCGGCGCCUGGUAGGAGCGCUGGCUGAACUGCUGAGGGCAGCGCUGGGCGACGGGCGCGACGUGAUCGUGGACCUGUGGGAGGGGAGGCACGUGGCGCGCGUGGGCCCACUGCCGUGGCUCUGGGCCGCGCGGGCGCGCGUAGCGCGGGAGCAGGGCACGGUGCUGCUGCUGUGGAGCAGCGCCUGCCUUCGCCCGGCCCGCGGCCCCGACCCCCGCGCCACGCCCCUGCUCGCCCUGCUCCACGCUGCCCCGCGCCCGCUGCUGCUCGCUUACUUCAGUCGCCUCUGCACCAAGGGCGACAUCCCCCCGCCGCUGCGCGCCCUGCCUCGCUACCGCCUGUUGCGCGACCUGCCGCGCCUGCUGCGGGCGCUGGACGCGCAGCCUUCCGCAGAGGCCACCAGCUGGGGCCGCCUGGGUUCGCGGCAGCGCAGGCGGAGUCGCCUAGAGCUGUGCAGCCUGCUGGAACGAGAGGCCGCCCGACUAGACCUAGGUUGAGCAGAGCUCCACCGCAGUCCCUAGUGUCUGCAGCCGCAAUGCAACGGACACUGCCUAGAACCCCGGAAUGAGCCUUAGACCCUGGAAUCCUUGGGGUGCCUCGAGGACGACUGGCCGAAAAGCUUUAUUCCCUGCCUCACAGGCCGGAAGUCCCAGCCCAGUCCCCGCGCGCGUCCCUCUUCCUCCUCAUACUUUCCCUUGACUGAGAGCUCCUCUAACCCCUGUUCUGAUGGGGGAGGGCGGUCUUCCCACUUCCUCUCCAGAACUCCAGAAAGAGCAGUAUGCUUAUGCUCCAGUCCAGGCUGGAGAGGUUGGGGCCGGGGUAGGGAGGCAGGAGCCAUGUCAGUUCUGAAGGAGGGUGAGGGGGCGGGGGGGGGGGCGGGGGACGGCUAAGAGAAAACCUCCUUAGGGGCCAGGGAUUCCCUUUCCCACACUGAGGCUCUGCCCAGUGGGAGAGAGGACUCUGGACCUAGGAAAAGAGGCUUUUGGCUCUGGGUGUAAGGACAAUGGGAGUUGGGGGUGGGAUGGGUGGUUGCUGGCGGUGGGGACCAAGAUCCGGAAAGAUGAAUAAAGACAAACAUGACAAACUAAAAAACACAGUGUGCUUCUCUAGUGUGGCUGAGGAGCCUGCCUGGGGGGUAUGUGUCAGUGUGCUGGCCCAAAUCCUCUGUGUCCACACCGCGUGGCAUCCGUCACAUUCUUACAAGCAGUGCCUCUGAAAGCAAAGGAGGAUGGGGCAAUCUCCUUGAUCCCCCCAGUGAUUCUUACAAAAGGAGAGAGAAAAACAGAGGCUUCGCCAGCUGGUGUGUCCAUCAUCACAGAACCAGCCCACAGCAACAGCACAGAUAGGACCCCUGUCUGCCAGGCUCUGGGUCCUGGGUUCCUUCUACUCCCCAUACCGCAUUUCAGCAGGCAGUGGUGAAAAGCCCACUUUGUGGUGCCCUUUGGCCGUGCUUUUAGAGCUCCUGUCCCACAAAGGGUUACUGAGGCCCAAAGAGUGUGUGAGGGGACCGAGUGUGCCUAGUAAGGGGAGACCUAGUGGGCCCAGGACUCCAGGGCUGUGUCCGCCUUAGGGCUGGAGUGAGUAAGAGCUCCCUUACUCAGCCAUGAUGCAUUCGCUGUCUUCUUCAGGGGCCCCUCCCAGCCAGGUGUCAGCAGAGGGAGAGGAGAGCCAAAGGAGGAGGAGGUGGGGCCACCACCCUAGUCCAAGGCUGCUGGCUCCCAAGCCUGGUGGUGGUGGGAGGGACAGAGAGGGGCGGGAACAGUCGGCUGCCUGCCGGGAGCCAAAACGAAACCACUCUGGACUGGAAGUAGGACGAGAGUUGGAACUCGCAGGACAGGGAGUGCACAAACUAUCCAGCACAGCCCCCUCUGCCCCCUCUGGAGGCUGGGGAGGGAUUCCAGCCCCUGCCACCCACAGACACGGGCUGACUAGGGUCAGGGGUAGGGUGUCUGCCCCCCUUAGGGGGGGCAGCACAGGGCCUCAGGCCUGGGUGCUGCCUGGCAUCUAGAAGAUGCCUGUGCCCUGGUUCUUGCUGUCCUUGGCACUAGGUCGAAGCCCCAUUGUCCUUUCUCUGGAGAGGCUUGUGGGGCCUCAGGACGCUACCCACUGCUCUCCGGGCCUCUCCUGCCACCUCUGGGACAGUGACAUACUCUGCCUGCCUGGGGACAUCGUGCCUGCUCUGGGUCCCGUGCUGGCGCCUACGCACCUACAGACAGAGCUGGUGCUGAGGUGCCACAAGGAGACCUACUGUGACCUCUGUGUGCGUGUGGCUGUCCACUUGGCCGUGCAUGGGCACUGGGAAGAACCUGAAGAUGAGGAAAAGUUUGGAGGAGCAGCUGACUCAGGGGUGGAGGAGCCUAGGAAUGCCUCUCUCCAGGCCCAAGUCGUGCUCUCCUUCCAGGCCUACCCUACUGCCCGCUGCGUCCUGCUGGAGGUGCAAGUGCCUGCUGCCCUUGUGCAGUUUGGUCAGUCUGUGGGCUCUGUAGUAUAUGACUGCUUCGAGGCUGCCCUAGGGAGUGAGGUACGAAUCUGGUCCUAUACUCAGCCCAGGUACGAGAAGGAGCUCAACCUCACACAGCAGCUGCCUGCCCUGCCCUGGCUCAACGUGUCAGCAGAUGGUGACAAUGUGCAUCUAGUUCUGAAUGUCUCUGAGGAGCAGCACUUUGGCCUCUCCCUGUACUGGAAUCAGGUCCAGGGCUCCCCAAAACCCCGGUGGCACAAAAACCUGGUGAGGCCUCCCCCUUCCCAAGUCCAUUCCCACUGUAGGCCAGUGCCUGUGCAAAGGACGCAGUGCCUUAUCAAAGAGGACCCUUGAAGAGGACUCACCCCAAGCAAGGGAACACUGGUGGGGGAACUUCUGCCUUCCUGGUUUCCUUGACUUUGGCGUCCUCCUCUUCCUCCUUAUCUUCUCCAACCUCCUUCCUUUAUUUGUUCCACAGACUGGACCGCAGAUCAUUACCUUGAACCACACAGACCUGGUUCCCUGCCUCUGUAUUCAGGUGUGGCCUCUGGAACCUGACUCCGUUAGGACAAACAUCUGCCCCUUCAGGGAGGACCCCCGUGCACACCAGAACCUCUGGCGAGCAGCCCGGCUGCGACUGCUGACCCUGCAGAGCUGGCUGCUGGACGCGCCGUGUUCGCUGCCCGCAGAAGCCGCACUGUGCUGGCAGGCUCCAGGUGGGGACCCCUGCCAGCCAUUGGUCCCGCCGCUUUCCUGGGAGAAUGUCACUGUGGACAAGGUUCUCGAGUUCCCAUUGCUGAAAGUCCACCCUAACCUCUGUGUUCAGGUGAACAGUUGGGAGAAGCUGCAGCUGCAGGAGUGCUUGUGGGCUGACUCCCUGGGGCCUCUCAAAGACGAUGUGCUACUGUUGGAGACACGAGGCCCCCAGGACAACAGAUCCCUCUGUGCCUUGGAACCCAGUGGCUGUACUUCACUACCCAGCAAAGCCUCCACGAGGGCAGCUCGCCUUGGAGAGUACUUACUACAAGACCUGCAGUCAGGCCAAUGUCUGCAGCUAUGGGAUGAUGACUUGGGAGCGCUGUGGGCCUGCCCCGUGGACAAAUACAUCCACAAGCGCUGGGCCCUCUUGUGGCUGGCCUGCCUACUCUUUGCCGCUGCGCUUUCCCUCAUCCUCCUUCUCAAAAAGGAUCACGCGAAAGGGUGGCUGAGGCUCUUGAAACAGGACGUCCGCUCGGGGGCGGCCGCCAGGGGCCGCGCGGCUCUGCUCCUCUACUCAGCCGAUGACUCGGGCUUCGAGCGCCUGGUGGGCGCCCUGGCGUCGGCGCUGUGCCAGCUGCCGCUGCGCGUGGCCGUAGACCUGUGGAGCCGUCGUGAAAUGAGCGCGCAGGGACCCGUGGCCUGGUUCCACGCGCAGCGGCGCCAGACCCUGCAGGAGGGCGGCGUGGUGGUCCUGCUCUUCUCGCCCGGGGCGGUGGCACUGUGCAGUGAGUGGCUACAGGACGGGGUGUCCGCGCCCGGGGCGCACGGCCCACACGACGCCUUCCGUGCCUCGCUCAGCUGCGUGCUGCCCGACUUCUUGCAGGGCCGGGCGCCCGGCCGCUACGUGGGGGCCUGCUUCGACAGGCUGCUCCACCCGGACUCCGUACCCGCCCUUUUCCGUACCGUGCCCGUCUUCUCACUGCCCUCCCAACUGCCGGACUUCCUGGGGGCCCUGCAGCAGCCCCGCGCCCCGCGUCCCGGGCGGCUCCAAGAGAGGGCGGAGCACGUGUCCCGGGCCCUUCAGCCAGCCCUGGAUAGCUACUUCCAUCCCCCGGGGACUCCCGCGCCUGGACGCGGGGUGGGACCUGGGGCCGGGGACGGGACUUGAAUAAAGGCAGACGCUGUUUUU